AUGCUGACCGAGUUCGACGAAACAUAUGGAUGCAUCGGUCUUCAGCUGGAUCUGCAAAAGACGAUGUUCAUGGAAAAUGAUGACGCUCUUCGUGUCCAACGCAAAAGGAGGAACCAGACUGGGCGACUCUGCCACGCUGUUGAGACGAAUGGAGAAAUUACUGGCGCCCGCUCGACCAAGAUCAAUGGGAGUCAAGGUGAUAAAGAUGAACGAAUUAUUCCUGUCGGAGACGUUACUUUAUCAGAAUUCAUUCAAAAAGAAAUGUUGGAGAAACCACAUGUUGGAAUGUUGCGAUUCACACCGCGGUGGGUGCUAAGAACAACACAAGUUCCAGCUGAAUACGAGGGUGAUGUCACUCUCCGUGAGCAUCUUCCCACACUUGUUUUCCACAACACUUCACCAAUUCCCGCUGUGGGUGCCUCCGCAAAGUACGUCGUGGAUCCUACUAAGGUUUUCUGGCUAUGGGUACAUCGGGUAAAGUAUUUCUUCCCAGGGUACAGUGAAGUACAUGUGGAUCCAAAUGUCGCGUAUAUCAGGCAUUAUCGUGACACAGCAGCCGAAAGGUGGGGUGAACUAUGGCAGCCAGGAUUGAAUCAAUACGGCCGUUGGGAGCUGACAGACUACCCAAAACGAUUGCUGAAUGUCCUCUACACACGAGUCAAACAACGACUUGACGAUGUGUAUGGGAAUCGUAGUUAUGGUUUCUUUUUGUGA